AACGACGACGACGCUGCUGGUGUCGCUGAAAGCCCAGGUGCGGCUUCACGGUCGAAGGCUGCGAAGGGCCGAAAAAUAAAGACGCCAAAAAACAUUGUUGGACCGACAGAAAAUGACAUCGCCCUUUCGGUUUCUUCGACCGUGCAAGACGAAUUAACACUCAGUGCCUACGCUGGCGCUUCUGCGAUUAGCGGGUUGACGUCUUCCAUCAAGCCAGAACCGAACGACGACGACGCUGCUGGUGUCGCUGAAAGCCCAGGUGCGGCUUCACGUUCGAAGGCUGCGAAGGGUCGAAAAAAGUCGGCAAAACGCAUUGUUGGACCCAUAGAGAAUACGACGGUCCUUUCGGUUCCCUCAACCGUGGAAGACGAUCUAACACUCGGUAGGUACCAUUCGACCGUCCCGAAUGAAACCGAAGGCGUCGACGAGGAUGAGGCCGAGCCUGUUGGAAUGCGUGACGAAGAGAUAAUCGCAGAAGGUUUGACCACAAAUGUCGUCGAGGAAACGAGUUAUGUUGGGCUACCGUAACCGCCACUAAACUCCGGGUGAUCGUGCGUUGUAUCACUCUGUUGUGGUGCCGACGUUGCCGAGAAGGUGAACGUGUUCAGAUACUCGAAGUAGGCAGGUAGGUAGGUAACUAGGUACAUUCUUCCUUUCUGACGCUAAAAAAGAGGGAAAGGCAGAGCUGGCGGAAUGGAGUCCGUCAUGCUCAUCACUGGAUCCAUUUUCCUGACGAUGGGGAAUGGACUGCUAGCGUUCGAUGUAUACUCGAGGUCGGUGUGGACCGCUCUGACAAUCAUGUCUCUCCUCCACAUGGUACUUCUUACACGAUUGCUGUCGUGCUGUCGUGGGGUAUCAAGACUAACGCUAAUAUUGGCACUGAGAACAAGUGCUACAGCUACUGCUAGCUUGUUAAAGUCGUUAGCAUGUGCCGGAGCAUAUUUGGAAUACUUCUGAGACAUGCAAUUCGCCUAUGGCUGAUUCAUUCUUCAGGCUUUUAUUUGAUUAAGAAUUCGACGUUGGAAGAACCGGAUCCCGAUUCAUUCCUGAUGUUUCGCAAGAUAUGUUCUUGUAUCUUGAGUUGCGACUCAGUGCUUCUUGCUGAUCUUUACUCUUACUUUGCUUUUUGCAACAACUACGCAGAUACUGAAAACAAUCGUCGUAUUGUCGUGUUGCGUGGUCAGUGGUUGUUGUUGCAGCACGCCCAAACGAUUUUUCGGGGGAUCUCCAAGAGAUGCAGUCUGGAUCUUCUUUAUGACAAAAGUUAAUCAAUUUUAUCUAUAAAUCUUUUUUGCGGAUAAAACGAAAACGUCAGAAGUAGAAGUUAAGUUCGUUGUAGCCUGAGGGCUGAGGCUGAGUAACAAAGUCUGAGUCGUCAGCAUGCGGAUACUUGAUCUUGAUGGAAACGUGUAACGACAAGCAAGGUAGGAGGAAAACAAGUGAUAUCAACUGCGAAUCUCUUCCACUUUUGAGAUCGUACUUAGUUGAAUUCUAUCGUCCUUCUCUUUCAUAACACUAACAGCGUCAGCGUUUCAUAAAAAUGUGCGAUCUUCUAAUGAUAUCGCAUUAGCAUUUUCCCUAUGGGCCUUCCUGCACUCAGUUGCCAUUACUUACGGUGAUCUCACUCUCGAUCAGCAUCCAGAGGACGCUUGCUCUUUUUGGGGACGGUAAAACAUCUACAUGAGUAUUCUUUUCGAGACCUCAGACCUAGCAGAAGUUGUACCUUGCGCAAGUGUCGUCGUCGUGUAGUGAAGACCUCAUAGAAGUUGUACUAGGACAGGAACUUUAUUCCAGCCGAAGUUGACCUUACCUCAAGUAGUGCAUACUGCUAUUAAUAUUAUAGUGUAUCUAUUGAUUAUACUUCUAAGAGUUGUAUUCCAUUUUCAUGUUGACAUUAAUUAUCGAAACACAACUUGCACCACCUCGCGCUAGGCACAUUCACUCACUCACUCAUUCACUCACUCACUCACUCACUCAUUCACUCACUCACUCACGCAGCAGGGAAAUGUCAGCGAAUCUACCACAUCCACAAUCUCCACCAACAGGUUUUGGGC